GUAACAUUCAAAGGCGGACCGCAGUCGGACUGUAAACAAACGGGUGUUUGACUCCCGCGGAGAUGGACGCUGAGGCUCCGGGGAGAGGCUCCAGGGCCGCGGCGCUGCGGAGCUUCGUGGCGGAGCGGCUCUCCGCCGCCUCCCGGGAGAUCCUAGCGGCCGUGUGUACGGCGGUGGCCGUGUACGAGGAGGAGGCCUCGGGCUUCAGAGAGGAGCUCCACCGGCAGAGGAAGCAGCUCCUGGAGCUCCAGCGGACCUCAGAGACCUCCGUUAGAAACGGUAGAAAUGAACGCGGAAGUCCCGGAAGUACGAACCGAAGCCCGUACUCGCAGUGCAGCAAACAGCAGGACUCCCCGGAGGAAGAGGAGGCUGAGGAUGAAGAGACCUCACAGCACGUGGACUCUCCUGGCUCCUUAAGCUCCUCAGCUGACCGGAGCACAGGCGUGAGGAAGAGGAGGCCCGGCAGACCUCGAGUCUGCACACAUGACAGCAGCGUAGACCUCAACAUCAGAGUCCUGGAGGACUCCAGCAUCCGGCAGCUCUCCAAAAACGUGAUGAAGAACCGUCCCGUCGUCCCGCUGACGUGUCCUCGAGGCCUCCAGGAGAAGGACUUCCUGAACCUGUUGAGGUCUUCGGUUCCUGGACUGUCUGACAAACCCUUUGACCUCCUGACCUCAGACAGAAGGCGGAGACUGAAGCCUCUGAAGCUGAGGACGCCGGCGGAGAUCCACCGAGUCUUCGGCUGCGCGGGUGUCCGAGUGUCCACGCUCUACGUCAGACUGAAGACCCAAGAGGAACCUCAGCAGGUCCUCCAGACUGAAAUCAGACCUUCUGUCAAUCACACUCACCUGGAGGCGGGACGGCAAACCAGAAAUGAAGAUGAAACCUGUGGGACGGCAUCUCAACAGGAAGUCGAGAUAGAAACACGUCUUCCAGGAGGACCAACAGAUGUUGAGGAUAAAGACGAGGAAGAUGGCGGCCGUUCACAAUCAGCUGAGAGUGAAGAUCAAACCAUCAAAGCAGGAGUUUUGAUCCAAGCAAAUCUUCAGGAUGGACAGAAAACUGAAGCCCGGAUCAGCACAGAGACUUUACUGUCUGAUGGAAGCAGCAGCGAUCACGCAGCAGCACACUCUGAGGAGGCUCCUCUCACCUCCUCUCAGGACCUCCUCCAGCUGGACGAGGAGCUGAAGGCUCACAGCCGAACUCGCACCAAAACCAAGACCUACAUGUGCGGCGUUUGCGGCAAAGUCCUCAGCAACAACCGCUCCCUGUCCCGCCACAAGAAGACCCACUCUGCGGAGAGACCCCACACCUGCCAGGUGUGUGGGCGGGGCUUCAAGCUGCCCACCACGCUGAAGCAGCACGAGAAGAUCCACACCCACAGGGAGCGCUCGUUCCUGUGCGACGUCUGCUGCAAGAUGUUCCUGACCAGCAAGCAGCUGCUCGUCCACAUGAGGACGCACACCAACGAGAAGCCCUUCCACUGCGAGCAGUGUGGGCGGGGCUUCACCACCCGGGGGCCGCUGACGGUGCACAUGCGCGUGCACACGGGGGAGACGCCGUACCGCUGCCCGUACUGCGGCUGGUCCUUCAAGAGGAAGACCCACCUGGACAACCACCUGGCCGUCCACACGGGCGCCAAGCCCUUCGUCUGCGGCAUCUGCGGGAAAACCUGCGCCCGCAAGACCUACCUGACCGUCCACAUGAGGACGCACAACGGCGAGAGGCCGUACAAGUGCGGCGCCUGCGGGAAAGGCUUCACUCAGAGCCACUGCCUGAAGACGCACCUGAAGAGCCACCAGGCGGCCGGCUGAGCCGGACGUCCAUGAAGACAUUUGAAUUUUUGUAAAUAAACUCAACUGAAUUGGAAAUCUGA